UGAUUGGACAAAAUUUAAUCGACGAAUAUAUAACGACAGAACGACAUUCGCUGCAACCAAUCCGAAGGCGGCUCCAUGUUUUGACCGCGGCGGAUUGACACAAUCUGUCGUGGGUCAUGUACAUUCAGCCGGCGGUGUACUGGGCAUGGUACUGCACCAUCAUGGGGGUGGUGAUCACCACGUUGGUGGUGCUGCAUGUGGCACGGAAGCAGUUCCAGCGCCAGCAGCGUAUGCGCGUCGACAUGAUCCAACGGAAUCUGUUGGGGAAUCAAUCCGGCACACCCUAUGGGCACCAAGAUCUCGAGAGAGGGGUCCCCACAGAGGAUCAAUGGAAGUGUGAGAUUUGCGACUUUUGCAACAACGUGGCCAAGCCGUGUUGCGUGCUCUGUGGAACCGAGCGUGGUUUUUCGUUGACAGCAACACUGCUCGGGACAUCCACGGCGCAUCGUUCCUCGGAUCGAGAUGCCAUCACGAGUGAAUCGAGUCGUGCAUCAUCCCAUCCCCGCCGCAAGUCUGUGAGCAUGCCGGCAACGACCUCCCGUCUCUCCUUUGUCGAUCGCAACAAAGCGUUCAAGAUCCGGCGGUUGAACGCGCGUCAAGACGCCGCGCGAAAACGCAAAGAAUGGGUACGGCAAGUCGAUUCCGACGGACGGGGGUACUGGACUCGAAGCACCAUGACGACGGCGGCGGCGGCGGCAUCUCCCACCGAAGGCUUUGUCGCGCGGGUCGUCCCAUCCGUCGACGGACACGACGUGCGGCUGACGUUCGCGUCGACAUCCCGCGCCGACGCGCUCAUAUCGUUUGACGGCAACGCCAUCCACGACGCGGACCUGGAGGUGCUGCAUGUGGUCGCGGCGAUGCCGUUCACGGAAAAGUACGCGUGGUUCGUCGCGCAAAUGCAUGGACUCAAGAACACGUGGAAGGAAGGCCGGCUCAAAAUCAAAGUUCGCCGCGCCAACGUCCUCGUCGAGUCGUUCGAGCAGGUGCUCGGCAUGCAGAAGCAGCACAUGUACAUGCCGCUGCGCAUCGAGUUCAUGGGCGAGUCGGGGCUGGACGCCGGCGGCCUCGAGCGCGAAUGGUUUACCAUCUUGACGGAUGAACUGUUUGACGAUUCCCUCGGGCUCUUUCAAUCAUGCCACAAGGAUGUCGGCGCGUUCUACAUUGACGCACACUCGGCCGAAGUAACCAAGGACCAUCUGCUGUACUUCAAAGCGACGGGGCGGCUGCUUGGCCGCGCGCUACUGAGCGGCCAUCUUCUCGCCGCGCGGCCGUGCCUGCCGCUGCUCAAGCACAUGCUGGGGGUGCCCAUCUCGUUCCAUGACAUUCAGUACCUGGACCCGCAAAAGUACAGCGGCCUCCGGUGGCUUCAAGAGAAUGACCACGUCGACUGCCUUGCGCUCACGUUUAGCUGCACCGAGAUCUGCCAGCGCAAUCAAAUCGUUGAAGUGGAUUUGAAACCCAACGGCCGACACAUCAGUGUCACAGACGCCAACAAGGCCGAGUACCUGGCAUUGACACUGCGGUACUUAAUGCUAGAUCGGUGCGCGAGCCAGCUGCACCACCUCCUCUCGGGGCUGUUUGAAGUGAUCCCGCAGGAAAUGCUCAUGGUGUUCGACUACCAAGAGCUCGAGCUCGUGCUGUGCGGUGUCCCAGAUAUCGACGUCGCAGAUUGGCGGGCCUCGUCCCAGUGCUCCCCCGACCUCGCGCGUUCCCCCGUGCUUGGCUGGUUCUGGGACAUCGUUUCGGACUUUUCAGCCGAAGACAAGGCGCGCCUCCUGCAGUUUGCGACGGGGUCGUCCCGAACGCCGGUCCAGGGCUUCAAGGCCCUCGUGAGCUACGACGGCCAGCUGUGUCCAUUCUCCCUCCAAGCGAUUCCGUUCACCGACACAGCAUACCCCCGUGCCCACACGUGCUUUAACCGUAUCGACCUGCCCCUGUACAAGUCCAAGGAACAGCUGCGCGAGGUGCUCACGGUUGUCAUCAACAUGGAGAUCACGGGGUUCACCGAGGAAUAAGCACACCACACACCGGACGAGAUCUAAUAUAUGUGUUUCUGUAUAUGGUGACAUACAAGCAACGAGAACAGUGUGCAUGAUGUAGCUGCAGCCCGGCACUCACCGACUUCGUCCUUCGCCUCGUAGAGACCUCCGCGGCGUGCGCGGUAGUGGUGUCCAGAAGGUUACGUUUUACU